AUGGACUGUAAAUAUGGCUGUGGUAGUUGGGAUUUCAGCGAGUUACCGUCAACACGCAUGGAAGGAAGACAAUGUGAAAGCAGUCCUGUGGAACAGUCCAAUCACGAAAGCCUAGAAUACUUUCAGGUGUCUGACAACGUGCUCUCUGGUAUCAUCCCCUGGCGCCUCUACAAUUUCUCAUCCUUGUCUCUCUUCAACGUGGCUCUCAACCAGCUGCAGGGUAGCCUUCCACCAACCCUGGGCAAUACACUUCCUAGACUUAUCAAUCUUUGGUUAGGUGAUAACCAUUUUGAAGGACCCAUUCCAACUUCAUUAGGCAAUGCCACCAGAAUGGGAAACAUUGAUGCGUAUGAAAACGGUUUUACUGGACAGAUGUUGGGCCUAGAAAUCAACCUGCUUGGCGGUAGAUUGCCAAAAUCAAUCACCAACCUCUCCAUAGAACUCCAGUUUCUGGAAAUUGGAGGUAACCUCAUAUCGGGCAACAUUCCCUCUGGAAUUGAAAACCUGUUCAAUUUGUAUGCAUUGGGGUUUGAGAAUAACCUAUUCACUAGUAAUAUCCCAGAAGAUAUCGGAAAACUUCAGAUGCUGCAGGCUCUUUCCUUGGGUGGAAACAGGUUAACAGGGACCCUUCCAUCCUCCCUUGGCAACCUCACCCGGUUGAAUAAACUCUACUUAGACAGUAAUGCCUUUGGAGGACCGAUACCUUCAAGUCUGGAAAAUCUCCAACAUUUAGCAGAUCUGAACCUCUCCCAUAACGGUCUUAGAUGUAGCAUCCCAAAAGAGAUAUUCAACCUUUCUUUCCGGUCAAAUUCUGUGGAUUUUUCUGACAACUAUUUGAUUGGGGAACUACCAUUGGAUGUUGGCGGCAUGAUAAAUCUCAGGGCAUUACUUCUUUCUGGAAACAAGUCGUCGGGUGAGAUACCUAGCAUACUUAGCAAUUGUGAGGUCUUGGAAAACCUCUUCAUUGACAAUAACUUCCUCAAGGGAACCAUUCCUCCAUCUUUGAGUGACAUAAAGGCACUUCAAAAUCUCGAUCUCUCGCGCAAUAACCCGUCAGGGCCUGUGCCUGAAUUGCUGGCAAACUUACACUUUUUGGUAUAUCUCAAUUGUCUUUCAACCAUCUGGAUCUCGCUACAUGAAAAUGAUGGGCUCUGUGAAGGUAUACCAGAACUUCGCUUGCCUGGAUGUCCCAGAAAAUCAUCAGAAAAUGAUGGAAGGUCUCAUCUGGUUCGAGUUGUGAUACCAAUAAUUAGUGUUAUUUCAUGUUUGGCACUGAUCUUUCUCUUUGUUUUCUUUUGUUGGAAACAAAAGCCAAGAAUGGACAGGAGAUCGCCUGCAUCUUCCUUUGAUGACAAAUAUCUUAAAGUGUCUUACAGGGAAUUGGCUGAGGCAACUGAUGGAUUCUCCGCCACCAAUCUUAUUGGAGCGGGAAGAUAUGGCUCGGUGUAUGAAGGGUCUCUGCUUCAUAGGAAUGCAGCUGUUGCUGUGAAGGUUUUUAACCUGCAACAAUUAGGAGCUAUCAAGAGUUUCGUAGCUGAAUGUGAUGCUUUAAGAAUCAUCCGACAUCAUAAUCCAGUCAAGAUCAUAACAUUGUGCUCCAGUGUUGAUUUUAGAGGUUAUGAUUUGAAAGCUCUGGUUUUUGAAUUCAUGCCUAAUGGGAGUUUAGAGGAAUGGCUGCAUCAAAUAAUAAGUGAGCAGGGAAUGACGAACAGUUUAAAUUUACUUCAGAGGUUAAACAUAGCCACUGAUGUUGCUGAAGCAAUGGAUUAUCUUCAUCACAACUGUCAACCACGAGUUGUUCACUGUGAUCUGAAGCCUAGUAAUGUUCUUCUUGAUGCUGACAUGGUUGCUCAUGUAGGGGAUUUUGGGUUGGCAAAAAUCCUUUUUGAAGCUAUGAGCAUGCCUUUGAAAAAUUCAGCAAACUCAACUGACAUCAUAAGGGGAACAAUUAGGUAUGUUGCUCCAGGAAAGAGACCAGUUGAUGAUGCAUUUAACAAUGGAUUGACCCUUCAUAGUUUUGUUAAGAUGGCAUUUCCUGAGAGGAUCGAGGAAAUCAUUGAUCCAUUGUUGCUGAUCCAAGAUGAUGAUGAUCCGAGAGGAAGGUCUCCUCGGAGACUUCACCAAUGCUUAGAAUCUGCGAUAAGAGUCGGCCUCACGUGCUCAACAUUAUCACCAGGUGAACGAAUGAACAUGAGAGACGUGGCCACUGAAAUGCAUGCAAUUAGAAACGCCUAUUUAGGGGGUUGA